UGGCGAGAACAUAUGUUGCUGUCAUAGUGAUAGUAGGCGURGCAAGUGCCUUAGCAACCGCCUUCACCUUGGUACUUUGCAAGUGCUUCUGGGUAUGGUGUCGACAAAGACGUCACCGGUACCCUCCCCCUAAGGAUUACCAAACGUACUCCAUCUCCCCCCGGRCAAAAUGGCCAACGGAGUUCACAUAUCAAUCAUACGAGAACGCUUCUGAAGCGGAGAGUGCGGGGAGCGAGGAGCCGUAUAUCAUCGAGACACCAGGGGAUCUUGGGAAGAUCCAAAUGGAAGUUGAUUAUAACAUAGAAGACGAUGUACUGAUAGUGGGACUUGUWCAGGCGAAGGGAAUUAUYAGUAAAACAAGCYUGCAGACUUCACAGAUAUUCCCAGUAGUACAACUGUAUGACUUGGAGAAUAUAUUGCGUGACGAGCGAAAGAUUGAAAAGCAACCAAUGACAUUUGACCCUCACUGGAACGAGGAGGUGCUAUUCGCUUUGAAUGGCCAACCAAAAGACUCGCUCCAGGUCUCUGUCCGUUUACUCGAGCUGGACUCGUUUUCUAAUGAACACGUGAUUGGUCACGUGACGUUGCCAGUUGGAGAGCUUCAAUUUGGGGGCGAUGGCUACACGUGGUACGACUUAAAUGAUUUUAAUAAAGUGGAUCACGAGUACGUUGGUGAUGUACUUCU